GGGCGGGACAAUGACCGUGGGGCAGUCAGGAGGCCAGACGCGGGCCAUGGAGGCUGGGGGCUGCCGCUACCAGUUUCGGAUCGCUCUGCUUGGGGACGCGGCCGUGGGCAAGACGUCGCUGCUGCGGCGCUACGUGGAGGGCGCGACCGGGACCCCGGAGCCCGAGUCAGCGCCCACGGUGGGCGUCGAGUUCUACAGCCGCCCGCUGCAGCUGCGGGCGGGGCCGCGCGUCAAGCUGCAGCUCUGGGACACCGCGGGCCAGGAGCGCUUCAGGUGCAUCACCAGGUCCUUUUACCGGAACGUGGUGGGUGUCCUGCUGGUCUUUGAUGUGACAAACAGAAGGUCCUUUGAACACAUCCGAGAUUGGCACCAGGAGGUCACCGCCACUCAGGGUCCCAUCAAAGCAAUCUUCCUCCUGGUUGGCCAUAAGAGUGACCUGCAGAGCACCCGUUGUGUCUCAGUCCAGGAGGCGGAGGAGCUGGCUGCCUCCCUGGGCAUGGCCUUCAUGGAGACCUCAACCAAAAACAACUGCAGUGUGGACCUGGUCUUCAACACACUAGCUGACGCCAUCCAGCAGGCCCUGCAGCAGGGGGACAUCAAGCUGGAGGAGGACUGGGGGGGCAUUCGGCUCAUCAAGACUCAAACCCCUAAGACUCCCAGUAGGAAGCAGCAUGCAGGCUCAUGCCAGUGUUGACUCUGAGGGACAAGGCUAAAGCAGUGCCAACCUCAGAAGUGUUGCGGGGAAUGGAGAGAGUUAGUGUCUCUCUGAAGGACAAAUGGCAGAAUAUACCCGAAGGGUUCGUAUAAACAGUAUCCUGGCACAGUCACACCUCCUGGAUUUUGGGGUCAUAGAGCUCAGCCUCUUUCCACCAGAAAGGUCUAGAGGCAAGUGUGCAGCUUCCUGUCCUUGAGCCUGUUUCCUCAUGGAAGAUCCUACCUGGGGGGAGGAGGAAGGGGAUGGAGUGUGCUUGAAUGAGAUAAUGGAUAUGCUCAGCCAGCGCCUGCCACCUGCUGAGAAUUGAAUGACAAGAACAAUCAUCACCUUUCUUUCUUCUCUUGGCCUGGAUAUGGCCAUUUCCAGCACAUUCCUGGGCUUGGACGCUGAGAUGGUCAGCGUCUGCACGCUGCGCUGCGGCACAGGCGAGGAUGGGUGCAGGGAAUUUCAGGGCGAGCCUGGCUUAGAGCCUCCUUAGGUCCUCAGGCUUGGAUGAGUCUGAGCAUGGGAUUAAGGUGUGGUUGUUACUGCCCAGGACCCCGGCUCAAAGGCCAGGGGCUGGCUCUGGAUCUGGAAAGAAAGCAGGGCUCAAGACCCACAGCCUCCUCCCUAACCCCACCCUCACCCUGCCCCCCACCCCCAGCUGCCGGGAGUGCAGCAGGAUGAGGAGCGUACUCUCUGGGGACUGCCCAGCCCUCAGGGGCAGCCCCCAUCCAAUGUUGAUCUAAUGGGGGGAGGGUGUCCAAAGGCCCAGCCCUCUUAUCCCACCUCUGGACAAUUCUGAAGGGCAAACCCCUCUUUAUCACUCAUUAUGGGGUCGACUGAAGCCACUAUUGUGACCUCACAGAUAAACCCUCCCUCUGCUCAAUCCUGCUUUCCUACCCCAAGCAGGUAUUGAUCUCAAUGAUGCCCUAAUACAGUUGACCCUUGAAGAGCAUGGAACAGAACUGUUUGAACUGCAACUGCGCGGGUGCACUUAUAUGCGGCUUUUUCCAAUUGACCUGCACCGUUGAAAUCCGUUAGUCAAGGGUGAACUCCAUGGUUGGGAACCCGUGUAUGUGUUGGAGGGCCGAGUGUGGUUACACGCGGAUUUUCUACCGCAAGGAGGUCAGUGUCCCUAGCCUCAGAGCUGUUCAAGGGUCAACUGUAAAUGUCUGCACACUAGGGUUCUUGGGAGGUUUUCAAUCAGGGUGAGCUUCUUAGCUUCCUCCCCGGGUGGCUGGGCCAGGUGGGUCUCCCUGUGCACUACCUUUUCCCUGCCUCCUCCUUUUAAAACAUCUUCACUCAUCCUUAUGACAAUCUUGCAAGGUUGGCAUGAUUAUUCCCAUUUCACAGGUGGGAAAACUUAGGCCAGGAGAGGGAAAUGAUUGCUUUAUAGCACAUUAUCAUUCCUUCAUCCAAUUUUUAAAAAUGAGCAUCUGCUCUGUUCUGGGCUCUGGGGAUACAGCAGUGAACACGACAGAAAAGCCUGCCUGGGGCUGACAUUCUAGUGGAAGAGAGAUAAAAACACAAGUAAAGAAGUGAACCAAACGAUUUCUAGUUAUCAAAAGUGGUAUAAAGACCACAGAUGAUGGAUAUGGGACUGAGAGUGCGGGCUUCUUCAGAGCAGGGGUUGGGGAGGGCCUUUGAGCUGAGACCUGGAGAAGGAGCCAAGCUAAGAGCAGAGAUCUGGGCACAAGAAGCAGCUGCCAGCACGGGGCACUUCUGUGCUCUGUGAGGAAGGUACGAUGGCUAUUCCUUUUUACUGAUAUGGAGACUGAGGCCCAGAGAGGUUAAGAAGCCAGUAAGUAGAGAGGGGAGCCCCAAAGCAAAUAAGAGGCAGGCACUUUCUAGGAAUUUCCUGGAGAUCAGAGCAGCUAAAAUGAAGUGAAUAAACAGGGAGUGACCUUCAACUUGGUCUGUGGUUUCUAAUCGCCAGGAGUUUCCCAGACAGGAGUACAGGUCUAAAAUGAAGCUUGUUUGGGAGCUAAGCAGCUAAUCCUGGGGCUGAAGGCAGAAAUUUGGCUGUCAGGUGCUCCAAACAAAUCCCCACAUCCCUGGAGAAAGAGAGGAAGAACAAAUUGACCCUCUCCUCUCUCAAAAUCCUGGGUGAGCAUUGGAGAGCCAGCCUGCAGCCCUGGCCUACUCAGGGUAGGAUCUCCCUCCGAGGAAAAGUCAAUGCCCAUUGUCCCUAGCUGCCUCCCUCCAGGAAUGUUCAGCGGGCUGGAGUCACACAUCUCUCUCUCAGCCUCAAUUUCCCUUCCGUAAAGUGGGGAUAAUAAAUUUCUAGGGCCGGCUGAGUGGCA